UGAUGUGAUCAUUAACCCUUCUGGAAAAGGCAGCUGGCAGUUCUCUGAGGUUUGUCAUUAGAAUGUGAGAAGAGCCACACAGAUACUGCACAGACUGUUCAAAGAAGUUUGGUUUCCUUUGGGAGCUACUGUUCCUGUAUAGUGUAGCAGAAAAAUGAGAUUUCAACAAUUCUUUUUUGUAUUUUUAAUUUUUAUGGUGAGUCUUCUUCUUAUCAAUGGACAGAGACCAGCUAAUUUGGCAAUGAGAAGAAAACUACAUAGACUCAGCUGCCAUCAGAGGAGAUGCAUUCCUCUCCACUCACGAGUGCCCUUCCCCUGAGAUUGUCUCUUGCUAAACUUCACCCUGUCUGCCAGAUGAAGAAGAGGAGGAGCCAAGGAAAGAUACCCACUCACCCACAAAACGGUGUGCUUGCUUAGAAGUUCCUGUUUGAAAAGGAAUCGUUUGAAAGCACCUGGGAUGUCAUUAGUUUCACAGGAUUCUCUUCUUGUUUUCUUUCCAAAGGGAAAAUAACAAAUUCAAAAGCAAUGACAGUUUGAAGCACAGUUAUUUACCUGCAUAACAAAAAUCUCUCAUCUUUUCUGUACAUUAUAAUUCUUAUGUGGGUUGAAAAGAAAAAUACGUUGUAAUGUCUUAGAACUCUAUAAUGGUGAAAAGUACAAAAAUUAAACAUUUUUCUUUCCUAUUCCUAUAAUUCUUAAAAAUAUUAAAAUAAAUUUAUGUAUGAGUAGUUAUUUUAAAAAAUGCUACAUCUGGAAUCAAUGUCAAUGACUAUUUGGCUUUGCAGAGUUGAGAGAAAAUAAUUGGUUCAUUGAUUAUUUAUAUAGAAAGACUAAGAAAGAGGUUAUUAAUUGCUACCAAUUUUAUAUUAUAGGCUUUAAUGUUUAUGAAAGUAUUUUUAUUUUGAAUAAUAAGCAUUUAAAGUUGUAAAAGAAGUUUGAAAUACUAAUUGUAGCUCAUUUUAUUUUAAAACUGAAAUGUUCAUUUCUGAAUCUUUUUCUCAUCAUGUAAUUACAAGAAGCCAACAUUUGAGUUUCUUUGAAGUUCUGUUUCACGUCCUUGAUUCAUGUGCAUGGUUUCUUAGAAAGGCCCACGUAAAGUUGACAUUUAAAAUACAGCUAUGCCAUCACUGCCCCUCUUGGGAGAAUGCCUGCGCCUUCUCCCCCUUUCCUGAGCACUCUCUCAGGAGCACCUUUCCCUUCCCCAUACUGUCCCCUCCCACCCCACCCCCAUUCAUUACCUUUGCCUUCUCUCAGAAGCUCCAAGGAUCCUUCUUUUGCCUCUGUAACUUGCUUCCUGAGUCUACACAGCCCAGCUGGCUCACUACUACUACCUCUGUAACUUUCUAAGUAAACUUUAUAUUUUGGGGGAUAGCGUGCGCGUGUGUGUGUGUUGUGUCAAUGAAAUCUUAAGCUGGUCAAGAUCUCUAUCUGAUAUAUGAGUGUUCACCAUUCUGCUGGGCUCUGUUUAAGUGCUGUUGAACCCACGGUGGCAAGACUUGUUUAAAAAAUCAGGAGGAAUUUAAGGAUAUGAAGGAUUACCCAAGAAGGAAACUAUCCUGUUUAAAUCUAAAUUGUAUUGAUAAUUAGGUGCUCCCAAGUUGUUAAAUAUGCUCUUAAUUUGUAUUUAUUGAAAAACUGUUUAGCUCAGUGUCAUAAAGCUUACAUUAUUUUACUGUAAGUUAAUUCCUGAUAUAAAAUUUACAAAUUCAUACCCUGACUAAAAGUUUUACAUUGUGAAAGAGUAGAAGCCAUAAACCAUUGACCCUUAUUUUGCAAAAAUAAAAGUUUGGGAGUGAUAUAUAAAGAAUUUGAUAGAGAUAUUCUGACAUCAUGGAGUUUGUCUCCCAUUCAUAGCUCAUUAGUGGUGUCUUUCAGAAUCAAAGGUGUUUUAUAUAAAGCAAUGCAAUU